AUCCGAUUCAUACUUUUGCAAAAUAGGCAGGGCAAGACCCGUCUGGCUAAGUAUUACGUUCCUCUCGAGGAAUCCGAAAAGCACAAGGUCGAGUACGAGUCUUUAAAACGUAUAUCCUAGGGAGGUUUUCACACCCUUAUAAAUGGUGUGUUCUCCUCUCCCACCAAGGUUGGAUAUCAUAAUCCACUCCCUUUGAGGCGAUCGCGGGCACUCUUUACUACUUCCCAAGUUCACAAAUUUGGUGUUGAGGUGAGAACUUUUUUUUGUGAUUUUGUGGGUUUAUGUGAUGAAAUUUUGAUCUUAGGCUGUUGCGUCCCAAUAUUUGUCGAAAUUCGAAGCUCCAUUCUAUUGAAUUGAUUUCGUUGAAGUGGAAUGACGUCAAUCGCCAUAGUACAAGGAAUGGUCGUUAUAAAAUGAAUGAAAUGGGGCAUUGACAAUUAGCUUGUGGAAGAUUGGUAGUAUUGCCAAACCACUCCCUCUUCCUCUCCUACUUCUUUCUCGCGUCUGCAACUCAGACCUAAAUUCCCUCUUCUCUGUAUUGCUACCACCUCACAGGUUUGCUUCUUCAGAUCCCCCUUUUUCCCCUCUCGAUUUCGGGUUUCUUGCAAUUUCUUCCUCCCCAGGUUUUUACUUGUGCUGUUUAUAUCGCCUUCUUUGUUUAUUCAAUUUUGGGUUGGUUGUCUAUUGGGUCUUUGCAAUAUAGGUUGUGGAUGGCUCGAUGGUAAUUAGAAACGUGAUUUUUAUUUGAUUACUCGUGGGAUCGCAUUGUCAUUGUGGAGGCUCCGGUUUGAACUUUUGUUGUUUUUCGUUUUCUAAAUCGAGAUUUGAUUAUGCUUAUUUGUUUUGGACAGUUUUUAGUGUUGGGAUUGUGCAUAAUAUUAUCAGUUCCGAUGCGAAUGUUUUGUUUGUUGAUUCAGUCUGGAGGUUUUCGUUGGUACCUCGAUUCCAAGUGGUGUGUUCUUUGUAGAGAGGUUUUGGAGGUUCGGAACCUCAUUCUUUGCCUUAUUUGUUUCCCAUGUAGAUUUAGUUUGAGAUCUUGUAGUCAAUUGGGAUUUGGGAUUGUCUGAGAUCUCUUAGUCAUGAGUCCACGACCGAUGCCCUGUGCUUGAAGAGGUUUUGUUGCAUCCACCCUUUCGUGGGAGAUGCAGAUCGCCUUCACAGGCCGUUCUCUUGAUUGUGUUGUGAAACUUUUUUUUAUUGGAGAGGAUCGGAAGGGUUUUUCAACACAAACUUUAAAGACAUUUCAGCACUUUGUGCACCGAAUUCAGCCUCCGAUAAUCAAUUGGAUUUGGAUUCGUCGAUCCCUUCGUCAUUUUAAAGAAUGGCAGGGCAAGACCCGUCUGGCGAAGUAUAAGGUCGAGUGCGAGGUUCAUCGAUUGGUGGUGAAUAGUGAUCCCAAUUUCAGAAAUUCUGUUGAGUUCCGAACACACAAGGUCAUCUACAGACAAUAUGCAGGAUUAUUUUUCUCCAUUUGUGUGGACAAAACAGACAACUAUCUUGAGAGUGUUCGUCUGUUUGUGGAGGUUCUGGAUCAAUUUUUCAGCAAUGUCUAUCUGAUACUUGAUGAAUUUAUUCUUGCUGGAAAACUCCAAGAAACGAGCAAAAAGGCGCCACAAAAUCAGCUCGAACCAAGCGCCACAGAUAUUCGUUUAUAUGAAGAUCAUGUUUGUCAGGUAAAGGUUGAGUCGCUGAUAGAUAUGGAGAUGCCACUUCGAACCUCGAAAACAAAACUGCUAGCUGGAAUAGAUCUGAUCCGCCGACUGAAGGUAUCUGCACUGGAGACCGAGAAUGAGAGUAAAUUGAAGAGCAAGCGGUCGGAGCUUGAAUUUAGGUGCCAAAUGGUAGAGAAUGUACUGGGCAUAUUGGAAAAAUUAAAAAGCUCCGGCAAUGACAGCAAUGAGAAGUGGAAGGAUGGUGUCAUUGAGGCCCCUGUGCGUAGACUUUCCUGGACUCUGAUAUAUUAUAAACCCUAAUAUAUAUAUAUAUAUAUAUAUAUU